GGGCGGGGGUGAAAGGGGAAGUCCUCUCCGUGUCAGAGUCGCAGUGGCGUUAAAUCUCCACGCCCUUAACUCCAACACAUCAACACGACUUCUGUGUUGUGCCAACUUCUACGAGUUAGGAAAGUGAAAAUGGCAAUGGUGGCUGAAUUCCUGGGGCAACUGUCCCUCAAAGGCGGGUUCCAUGAGCCAAAAUACCCAACUGUUGUUCCUGCUUCGGACUUUGACCCCGAAAAGGAUGCUGCGAGGAUAGAGACUGCUAUCAAAACUAAAGGUGUGGACGAACAGACCAUCAUUGAUGUCCUAACAAAGCGGGCGUACUCUCAGAGGAGAGAAAUUGCGUUUGCUUAUGAAAGGAGAGCAAAAAAGGACAUGAUCACAGCUCUGAAGGGGGCACUGUCGGGCUCCGUGGAAUGUGUCAUCCUUGGUCUGAUGAAGAGCACGUCCCAGUAUGAUGCCUCAGAGAUCAGAGGAUCCAUCAAGGGCCUCGGCACUGAUGAAGAAACACUCAUUGAGAUUCUGUGCUCACGCAGCAACUCUGAGCUGCAGGAGAUCAAGCAGGUCUACAAGGAGUUGUUCAAGAAAGACCUGGAUAAAGACGUAGCAGACGACACUUCGGGAAACUUUGCAAAGCUGCUGCUCGCUCUGGUGCAGGCCAAGCGAGACGAGCCGUCAUCUGUGGUGGACUAUGAAAAGAUUGAUGAAGACGCCAGAAAACUCUACGACGCUGGUGUGAAGACCAAAGGAACGGACGUGGCAACGUGGAUCUCUAUCAUGACGGAGAGGAGUGUCCCCCACCUGCAAAGAGUGUUUCAGAGGUACAAGAGUUACAGCCCCUACGACAUGCAGGAGAGCAUCAUGAAGGAAGUGAAAGGAGACUUGCAGAGGUCCUUCCUGGUUCUAGUACAAAGCUUUGAAAACAAACAGCUGUACUUUGCCAACAGACUGCAUGACGCUAUGAAGAAUAAAGGAGCCAAGGAGAAGGUGGUGACUAGGAUCAUUGUGUCGCGCUGUGAAGUGGACCUGAAGAAGAUCUGCUCGGAAUACAAAGCCCACCAGGGCCAGUCUCUUCAAAAGACCAUCAUGGAACACACCAAGGGAGACUACCAAAAGGUUCUGCUGGGCCUCUGUGGACCAGAGGAGAUUAAUUAAUUAAUUAAUUCGACAAAUGAAGAUAACUGGACCUAGAAUGCUAAAGCAGAUUUUUUAUUAUUAUAAUUUGUUUUUUUUUUUUGCUAUAUGAAGUAUAUUGAUAUCGAUUAUUGAAGCAAACUAGCAAUAAAGCAGCACACACUAUUAUAAAAGCCUUUCUUCUUAUUUGUAGUUACCGCUUGCAUCCCAUAGAGAGCGUUAUAGUAGCGUUAAAAACAGGGCGACAUUUUUAGUUGAGGCCUCACUCAGUUGAUACACCCGCUGAUGAAAUGCACGUUGACAUUUGUUUCUGUUUGUAUAUUGUAAUGAAACCACAGAUUAUACAUGACAUUUGCGUUCAUGCCCAAAACAUAAAAAGCGGUGAACGUAAACUGUAAAGAUUUUAUUGAAUAUUGCACAAGAACAAUUUGCAACUUUUGAAGAAAUAAAUUGAUAAUUAGGA